GAUGAGCGAUCGCGAUUCUGGACGGUAUACCAAAAGGUCGCAUCGCAACACGACAAUGAAUUUUUGGAGCACUAUGAUGGUGAUAUGGAUAUCGUCCUGAUUUUUUCUGGCCUAUUUUCCGCAGUGAAUACAGCAUUCAUCGCCACUAUGGGGCCUAGCGGUGCUACUACCACAGAUGCUUUAUUGACGCAAAUCAUCGUGCUGAUGGUAAUGAAUAGCAAUGGAACCCCGAUCACAGAUAAUUAUCCGCUUCCGGUCCCACCUGCAUAUUCCAACGGGCAAGUAUGGUUCCAGACUCUGGCUUACGCCAGCCUUUCAUUCAGCCUUCUUGCCGCAUUCGGUGCCGUUUUGGGCAAGCAGUGG